ACAUUCUGCUGCUUAUCCGGGGAUGUCACACCACUGCUAUUUUUUCCUCACAGUCCCCUCUCACUUUCAGCGUACAGUUCCAGUGAAGUGAGACGGGGAUUGCAUAGAAAGAAGCGAACAUUAAGACACAGGCCAAAAAAUGGCAGAGCUUGGUGCGGGGAGCCUGUCAUUGGGGGAUCCUGUUUUUAAUUACCAAGAACAUGAGCUGAAUGAGCGACUCAAGCGGCUUUACCCGGCCGUGAACGAGGAAGAGACCCCUCUACCCAGAUCAUGGAGUCCCAAGGAUAAAUACAGCUACAUUGGGCUGUCACAGAGCAACCUGAGGGUCCAUUACAAAGGGCAUGGCAAAAAUCACAAGGAUGCCGCGUCUGUACGAGCCACGCAUCCAAUCCCUGCAGCCUGUGGGAUUUACUAUUUUGAAGUCAAAAUAGUCAGCAAAGGUCGAGAUGGCUACAUGGGAAUCGGCUUGUCGGCACAAGGGGUCAACAUGAAUAGACUGCCUGGAUGGGACAAGCACUCAUAUGGUUACCAUGGAGAUGAUGGCCACUCCUUCUGCUCCUCUGGGACUGGCCAACCAUACGGUCCAACUUUCACAACGGGUGAUGUCAUUGGCUGCUGCGUUAACCUCAUCAACAACACUUGCUUUUACACCAAAAAUGGCAUCAGUUUAGGUGUGGCUUUCACAGACCUCCCUCCUAACCUGUACCCUACCGUUGGGCUUCAAACUCCGGGCGAGAUUGUCGAUGCAAACUUUGGACAGCAGCCAUUUGUCUUCGACAUUGAGGACUACAUGAGUGAAUGGAGAGCUAAAAUCCAUGGGAUGAUCGCUCGCUUCCCAAUAGGAGAAAGGCUGGGUGACUGGCAAGCUGUCCUGCAGAAUAUGGUGUCCAGCUACCUGGUCCACCACGGAUACUAUGCCACUGCCACUGCUUUUGCUAGAGCCACAGAGACCAUGAUACAAGAAGACCAAACAUCAAUAAAAAACAGACAGAGAAUACAGAAGCUGGUGUUGGAGGGGCGUGUGGGUGAAGCCAUUGAAGCCACUCAGCAACUUUAUCCUGGCCUGUUAGAACACAAUCCUAACCUUCUGUUUAUGUUGAAGUGUCGUCAAUUUGUGGAAAUGGUCAACGGUACAGACAGUGAGGUUCGCUGCUUGACCAUCCGCUCCCCCAAAUCCCAGGGAAGUUACCCUGGUUCUCCCAACCUUAGCCCUCACCAGGGGGCUGGAAAUUCACACAUACACACUGGAGGUGUCGACAGCCCAACAUGCAGUAAUGGGGUGACUCCCUCCAAAAAAUCAAAGAGCCACAGCAGCGUUGUUAGCAGCAACAUGAAAUACCCCAGCACAUCCUCCUCGGCCUCUUCAUCCACCUCAUCCUCACCUUCAUCCAUCAACUACUCAGAGUCUAAUUCUUCUGACUCCACCAAGAGCCAGCCACACAGCAACAACAGCAAUCAAGAAACCAGUGAUAGCGAGAUGGAGAUUGAAGCGGAACACUACACAAAUGGGGUUGUCGAGGGCUCGUCCACUCGUAUCAUGAAUGGCACAUAUAAACACGAAGAGAUACUUCAGCCAGAUGACAACAGCAUUGGUAAUGGUGUAACAGGAGAGGAGGGCUAUCGGAAUGGCAGACAGCUGUGUGGAGGCAACCAGGCAGCCACGGAGAGGAUGAUACAGUUCGGACGUGAACUUCAGGCACUGAAUGAAAAGCUGUGCCGCGAGUACGGCAAGAACACAACACACAAGAAGAUGUUACAGGAUGCGUUCAGCCUGUUAGCGUACUCGGAUCCGUGGAACUGCCCCGUGGGCCAGCAGUUAGACCCCACUCAGAGAGAGUCGCUCUGUUCCGCACUCAACAGCGCCAUACUGGAGUCCCAAAAUCUGCCAAAACAGCCUCCUUUGGUGUUAGCGCUGGGCCAGGCCACAGAAUGUGUACAGCUUAUGGCCCGAGUCAGGUCUGGUUCCUGUUCUUUCGCCAGAGUAGACAACUUUUUGCUCUAGCCCUUGUGUGGGUUUAUGUUAAGUUGCACUGAGAGAGCGGGCAUGUCCAGCAGGGGGUUGUCAUGGCUACAGAGAAGAAAGCAUGCGUGUGAUUGGUGUGUUUGGCUGACUAUCAGCGGCAGAGCCAGCGGCCGUGACAGAAAAAGCAGAGAGAAGAGUCAAAAAGAAAGCUUACUUUUUAAUUUAGUAUUAUCCAAAAAAAAAAAAAACGUGUGACACUAUUUAAAUAUGAAUUAAUUAUAUUUCUGUUUAUCUAUUCUUUUUUUUGUCAGAUUGUAGUGCUGAUCAUCGACAAACAGUCAUUCUCUUUUGCUUUUCAUUGGUGGAUUUUGACCCCCAACAAUAGGUUUUCUACAGAUUUCAAUUUUGAACUUCACCAUAUCUUGUGCCACACUGUCCAACUGCUCACCGCGGUGACACUGACAAUAGGUGGUCAUUAUUACAUCAUACUGAAUAAAAUACAAGUCGCCGUGAAAUAUAUACUCGGACAAAUAUCCUUUUACCGAUGCAAUGCAAAGCAGAACGCUUGUUACUUUGCCAGGAGUGCAAAACAAAAGCAUUUUGACGUUGUUCGCUCACCCAGUGUGUUUGACGUAGAAAAGACCCAGCUGAGGGACAUUAUUUCUGGAUGGGGCAAAUAAGUAGGCAAUCACCUCUGACCCAAGUUUAAAUGUAUAUCUAAGCAGUCUCUAUUUCUUAGCAAGUUUUCUAAGGACCCGUGUGUUUGGAAACAUUUACAUUUAUGCUCUGUUUUCUUUCCCCUCUCUUCCAUCCAAACUAAUCACAUGCCUCAAUGAAAAAAAAACAAAAGCAUGAGCAGAAAUUGAUUUAAUGUCACAUUGUCGCUGACACUACCGAGGCCAUUGUGUUAAUCAUCACCAUCCUUAGGCAAAAAAAAAAAAAAGACAAGGAGAAAAUAUUUGCAUCAAUUUAUGUUGUCAAAUUGAUGGAAUCCACACCAAAUAAUAAAGAAAUAAAAAGUGUUGUAACUAAGAAGUGAUUCAAUAUUUUUCAGGCAUGGGUGCGUAUAUUGCAUUCAACUGGAACCUGACUUAGGUGUUGCUGCUUCAGCGUCAUUUUCACACAUUUAGUCACACUUGACAAAACAAAUUGAGUGGGCGAUGCGGUUGAAAUAAUUAGAGUCUAUAUUUACUGUGGCAUAAAUAUAGAAUCUGCAUUCCCUUGCACCCUGCGCGCAAUUUUAGUUUCCCCUUGUCUUCCAAUUAAACAUGCAGAAUCAAAUAAACAUCUCUCCUGAAAAACAAAACGUGAAAACAUUACUUCUAAUCUCACAAGUGCAAUACAACAAGGUUGUUGUUUACAAAUUAAAAAUAAUUUUUGAGGUGUUUUUCCAACAGUGGUGGAUAUUUCGGUUCUUUCAAAAUAAAAGUGGAUUUCAACUUUAUGCUUGUCAGGAACUGGCAAACAGCAAGAAAAAAAAUCUUACUGGGUCAUUGUAUUCAAGCAUGACAUUUUUACAUGGGAUAUGGAUUCACUCCACAAAGAACAUAGUUCCAAAUGAAAAUACUGAAUUUGCAGGAGUUAUUUCGUAAUGUGGACCCCCAAAAUACAAUUUGAGUAUUUGAUCAAACUUUUUUAAGAUUAAAUAUGUUCUUGACCAACUAGUAUAAAAGGAAACUAAGAUAAUAACCACAACUGCAUCUGAUUUCCAGCGUUAAAGGACACCUGUUACACAAACAAAACCUCCUGCUUCAGCCCUGUAGGGAGCACACUGAGCUAUUGCUAAUGUUUGAACCCAGAGCUCCCUUUAUCCCUGCAUAGACAUGACCACUGGUCUGAUUAAUGAUGCAUAGGACGCAAGAAAUUUGUUGGAAAGGUCCAAGACCUGACAGAGAAUGACUUGAGCCUCUGCAAAAAAAGCAGUGCA